CUACACUGAGGACGAGUGGGUAGGGCGGUAGUGUGCCCUACACUGACGACGAUUGUGCGCUGCGUGAUUGGGCACCGCGCUGCUUUCCCCCGUGCGUGCUUCCGUCAGACGCCAGCGCACAUGGCGUGACGUCAGGGCAGAGGCGGAGCCCAGAGCGGUGACACGUCAGAGAGCAGCGGGGCCGAGCUGCUCGGGAACGCUCGAGCUCCGUGUUUGUGUCUGGUGAGAAGCAUGAGGCUGUCGAUGUUCAUCGCGCUGGUGCGGCCCAUGGGGCCGGUGAUCGUGGGCAUCUCUCUGGGCUUCACCCUCAGCCUGCUGAGCGUCACGUGGGUGGACGAGCCGUGCGACGGCGGCGGUGGCGGCGGCGCGCUCGGAGCUACCGAGGGGAUGCUGAUGAUGGCUCAGGCAGGCAACCUGAAGGGGGCCCGCAAGCCCAACUCCAUAUCCACCGGGACGGCGGAGCACGGAGAAGAUUUCGAGCCCAGGAUAGUCCCGUACAGCAAACCGGCGCAGCACGGUCCUCCUAAAAAAGUUUUCAGGGCCAAAUAUGCCAGCACAGAGCUGGGGAUCCGCGAGAGGCUCUUUGUAGCGGUCAUGACAUCUAAGAACACCUUGAACACGCUGGCAGUGGCCGCCAACCGCACACUGAACCACCACCUGGAAGGUCAUCUCAUCUUCUUCACCGGCACUCGCAACCGCAAAGUCCCACAUGGCAUGUUUGUGGUCGCCCACGGUGACGAGCGUCCAGUGCUGAACAUGUUUCAGACUGUGCAUUACCUGCUGGAGCACCACGUUACGGAGUACGACUGGUUCUACCUCGUCCAGGACGAUACCUACACCCAGCCUGAUAGGUUGAAGAUGCUGGUGGACCACUUGAGCAUGGGCCACCAGCUCUACAUGGGCCGCCCAGAGGAGUUCAUUGGAAUUGAAGCACACGGGAGGUACUGCCAUGGGCAGUCUGGGUUUCUCCUGUCCAGGGCUUUGCUGCUGAAGCUCCAGCCCUUCCUGGAGCAGUGCCGGAUGGACAUUGUUAGCAUUAGGCCUGACGAGUGGCUGGGGCGCUGCAUCAUUGAUCACGCUGGCAUUAACUGUGUGGAGGAACAUGAGGGGCAUCAUUAUAAUUACUUUGAGAUGGAGAAGAACGUGGACCUGAAUGGAGAGGAAAGCCUGGACUUCAAGAAUGCUCUCUCAGUCCAUCCAGUGAGCAGCUCAGAGCAGAUGUAUCAUCUGCACAGAUACUUCACUGAAAGAGAGCUGCAGAAAACAUAUGAGGAGAUCAAAAAACUACAAGCAGAGAUAAAGAACAUUAGUCAUGUGGCUGCGGACGGGAACAGAAGCUCUGUUUGGCCCAUUGGCAUUCCGCCUCCCUUCCAGCCCAAGAGUCGAUUUGAGGUGCUUCGCUGGGACUACUUCACUGAGGAGCAGCUGUUCUCCUGUGCCGAUGAUUCUCCCAAGUGCCAGCUGAACGGGGCUGACCGCGAGGAUGUGGCUGACGUCAUCCAGGUGGCCGUAGCAGAGCUGAAUAAGAAAUACUCUCCUGUGUUACAACUAAGCUCUCCACGGCUAGUCAACGGUUACCGCCGCUUUGAUCCAACACGAGGAAUGGAGUACACUCUGGAUUUGCAGCUUCAGGCCAUGACUGAAUCAGGCCAUGGGCAAGCCAUUGAGCAUCGCGUCCACCUGGUGCGGCCCCUUAGCCAGGUGGAGAUCAUCCCCAUGCCCUAUGUGACUGAGGCCACUCGGGUACACGUGGUCCUUCCACUGACUAGCCCUAAUCGACCUGUGGCCCUGCGCUUCUUGGACCUCUGCGCUUCCAAUCUGUUUGAACUGGGCGAGAACACUGUCCUCACUUUCCUGUUCCUGUAUGAGCCUGCUGAAGCCCAGAAGGUGGGCACCACUGACAUAUUUGCUGAAGUGAAGGCCAAGGUGGCUGCUGUGGAGCGCCGGUACCCCAACGUGAAGAUACCAUGGAUUAGUGUGAAGACUGAGAAUCCCGGCUUCUUGCGUGUCCUGGACAUUGUCUCCAGGAAACACCCAGUGGACACUCUCUUCCUCCUGGCCACAGCUGACACAGUGCUGAACUCAGAGUUCCUUAACCGCUGUCGGAUGAAUGCCAUCAGCGGCUGGCAGGUCUUCUUCCCGGUCCACUUCCAGGACUUUGACCCUCAUGUGGCCUUCCCGGACGGGCCUCCCCGGGCUGCUCCGGACCUGGUGCGCGAAGCAGGACACUUUGACCGCUAUGCCUUUGAAGAAGCAUGCUUCUACAAUGCUGACUACAUGGCCGCUCGCACGCGGAUGACUGCCGACACUCAAGAGAAUGAGGAGCUGCUGGAGAACCUAGAUGUGUAUGACGUAUUUGUGCAGUACUCAGGCCUGCAUGUCUUCCGUGCCGUGGAACCAGCCCUGCGCCAGGCCUACCGCAACCGGACCUGCGACCCGCAGCUUAGUGAGGACAUGUUCCACCGCUGCCUCCAAAGCAUCCAUGAGGGUAUAGGCUCCCGAUCCCAGCUAGCCAUGCUCAUGUUCGAGCAAGAGCAAGGCAACAGCACUUGAGCUCUUGUCAGGAGUUCGCAAAGGCAGGAAUCACAGACUGGCUUUGGGCUAGCGUGUAUAACUGCUGCACGGUUUCUACAAAUCAUCAGAUAUGCUAACAAACAGAUGCUAGCCGUUCUUUAAGCAAGCCACUCCUCACCCAACCAAUGAGCAGGUCAGAGCAAGCAUUUAAGGGACUGCUGGAGUUUCAGAUGUGUGUGAAAAGGAAUGUCUCAGAUGUUCUAGUGAAGGACCUUAUCCAUGGUGAACUGGUGACCCUGCCAGCAGGGAGAGGAAUGGUGACAUAAAAUGUUUACAGCAAAACCAGAGACCUCAUAAAUGGUGGAAGCAUCCAGUUCCAAGAAUUUUCCAUAAUGCCAGUGUCUUUGAAUCCACCCACAUUAGAAAUGUAUUCCUGUCUCACACCCACACUUCCUUUUCCUGCUUGCUGCGCUUGUCAGGUGCAACCAGCUGCGUAUAGCCUGUGUGCCUUUAAACAUUCUCCUUCACAAUACCAUGUAUUUCACGACUUGUAAAGAAUCUAAAACAAAAGUAUUUUUCAGUGCAGUACUUCAAAUUUGUCCAUCUGUAUGUGUGUGCAUGUGUGCGCAAGUCUUAUCACUCUAAACUCAUGACUUUCUCAUGAUUUAUACAACAAAUUUCAUAAAUGCACACAUCAUAAGAUGUGAAUGUAUACGUCUGCAUGUGUGUAUGCUGCGAGUGCCUCAUGCUGACCUCUGUGGUACUGACAUACUGAUGCUGAAUGAGAUUAAUUGUAUUAUGUAGGUCAGUCUAUAUAUCUCAUGUACUGACCACCAAAAGACCACCCUUCAUUUAUUCAAUUUCCAGUUAAAUUGCCCAUUAAGUACAAGUUGCUUUUUCAGCAUCAGGGGAAAAAAAUGGAAAAAAGAUAAUUACACAAAGGCCCCACUAACUAAAUAUAUCUGUUUCUGCAGGGAUAUUUUUCAUAUUUUUUUUAUUUAUCUCCAAAGUUCAGUCUUAGACGUUGGUUGCAUUUUUUUCUCAAUUCAGGUGAUCUCAAUCACCUUAAUUGAUGUUGAGGUCUGGACUGGAUGGUCAGUUCAUUGUUCUAUGACCACCAGCAGCUUCUUUGAUUUGCAAAUGUUAUUCCUUCAGACUAGGCCUAAAGGUUAGUCUUCAGGAGUUUAACUAUUGCAUUUUACCUGGGUAAAAUUUAACCUAGUAUCACAGAGCUUGUGAAACACCUGUAGAUUGGUUGUACCAAUCAGGAGCCACGAAGUGUGCUGUUUACAUGACAAAACAGCCACAUCCACCUGUUAGUCUAGCACACUGUGUUUGAAGUUUAAGCCCACAGUUCAGUCGUAAAUGGACAUGUCCCCCUGAAUUGUUCCGCCAUGCCUCAGACCUAAAGUGGUGUUGUCUUCUUAUAAACACCUGUGGAUUUUUUUUCAGCUCUGAAGCAAGAGUGGAGCUUGAUUUCUCAAAUAUGACAGCUUUAAGUGCUGGUUAUUUGAUGAUGACAUUUUUGGUGGUCUACCAGGUCAUGUUUGGCUGUUAGGAGUCCCAUUUUUUUUUUUUUUUUUAUCUUUUAGUAAUUUUUUUAAACUCCAGUUUUAGAAUCCUCCCCUUUUUUCACUUGCCCUUCCUCAUGGAACUGAAUAAUCUUAUAUUUGGAGCUGUAUUACAGAAACUUCUUAAGUGUGAACUCUUAUCUGUUUAGUCACCAUGACAGCUUCGGUUAGGACUGAAUUUAGGACAGAAGCAGUUUUUAAGUUCACAGAUGUAUCCUAACUGCAGGUAAGAAAACAGUAUUACAGAAUUACAUCCUAACUAGACAAAAUUCCCUAAAUUCUGUCCUAACUUUAAGAUAAAUCCCAGAGCUGUCUUGACUUCUGUUUUAACCAUCUGUUUCUAGUGUUUUAUACAGUGACAGCAAAGUCCACCAUAAUCAUGUUGCAAUUAUCUACAUCAGAGGUGUCAAAUCCUAGUCCUGGAGAUCCACCAACAUGUAGAGUUCAGCUCCUGAUCUAGCACACCUGAUCCAGGUAAUGAAGUCCUUCAGAGGCCCCUGAAUAUUAGAGCUAGCUAAGCUAGGUGUUUUGGGCCAGAGCUCUCCAGCGUGGUGAAGAAUAAAGAACUGAACGUGUGCGUUUAUAAGGAGGAAUAACGUUAGAAACUGAAACUGGAGAGAAGCGACGCUCUGAUAAACAGUACGAAGCGCUGUCACAACAUUAUUAACGUUAAGUUUAUCGUGAUUUGGUUCUGUUUGACAUUUUUUUUACCUCAGUAACGAGAGCUAAGUUAGCUAUGUGGCUAACAAACGUAUUUUGCUUACGCGCGUAUGGUCGGUUGCUGGGCAACAGACGUGACCGUUGACUGUCGACUUCAACCGAUUAACUUGAGAUGCCAAGAUAAGAUUUGAUUCUACGGGAAGAAAAGUUAAUGACAUCGCGUUCCCUCGCAGAUAUUUUGUGUUCCCUCACAAAAUAUGUGCUGGUCAGACAGCAAGCCGACGUAGGACCAGAGGUGCCCGACGACAUUCCCUACAUUAGCGCUUUGUUUUUAGCCUAGCUGACGUUAAAAGCUCCUUUUCCCAGUUUCGCUUUGGUUGAGUUUGUUCAGCGGUUGCUCUCUACAGUCUCUGUAAAUGUAGCUUUUACUGUACGAGGUCACUCGGUCUCAGUUUCAGGUUGUGCUCACCUAUCGCGUAAUAAUAUUUGGUUUUCAGAAGCGACGCUAUGUCUGUACAUUUCAGUCCAAGAUCAACGUAAAUUCAACGAGCUGCUUCGCGUCUGAGCUUAAGCAACGCACAGCUUUCGCAAGCGAUUGCAAACCGUUUGCGAGAGAACCCAAAACAUUUGCGAGAGAACGCAAUGUAGCUAACCCUUUAGUCCUUUCCUUUUAUUUAUUUAUUUUUUAAGCCUCUUAGGUGCUCCUUGACCUGCCACAUCAAGCCAAAAUAAGAGCGAAGUUUCUGUAAUUCAACCCCUGAAAUGAAUAACUUGUACUUAUUGCCUGUUUUGUCUCGAAAUGUAAGGAAUGAAGGGUGGUCUUCAGCACAGUACUGUAUAUAUGCCGUGUGCAGUGUGUAGCCACUGCUGCUGUUGAAGUAGAGAGGAGCUUUAUUUUUCUAGGACUGACGACGCUGGUGUUAUCAGCUGACAGGCCCUGUACAUACAAAAGAUUAAGGGGGUGAUGACUUAUUUAACAAUAAUGAUACAGUAUGUGCAAUAUUAAGACCAAAUCCUCAGUUUGUUUAAUCAGUAGUGUAUUUUAUGUGCAAUACGAAGUACUCAAUACUUUAAAGAUGCUAAGUUAUAAUGGGAUUUUUUUUUGUUACAUGAACAUGGUUCGGAGGAGUUAAGCCAGUGUUCCCCAGUAGAACAAGGCUGAAUGCAAGUAGAUGUUCUACUGAGUGUCCUUUCAGGGGUUCAUAGGCAUACAACAGGCUUAUACGUGUAGGUUAUAAAUGGCUCGUUUUUAGGAAUGGCCUUCUCUCCAAAAAUCUCAUCCUCAGCACACACAGACCUGAUGACUGCACUAGUACUGGUCUUUCUGAUGUAGCUCCACUAGUCUGGGUGGAGCCCAUGUUAUGUGCUACAGAACACGCUAUGGGAAGCUACAUGCUAUGGGAAGAAACGGUGUAAACAUGUCAUUUCACCGUGAAAAAUCCACUGAGAUCAUAUUGUAUGUCAAAGACCAUGUUAGAGUGUGGAGAGCGAUUUGUUUGACUUGUAUUUUAUUUGUGAUAAAAAUAUAAAUAUCACGUCACAAAUGUAA